CUGUUUGACGAAAGUAGUGUCAGGAAAUUCUCUCUUUGUGUGUGAACCAAAUACAUAUUUCUAAGUCAUUUCUAACACGCAGGCGUUUCCAAAGCAAAAAACAAAAAAAAAAAAAAAAACCCAGACCCCUAAGAAUACGCACCAAGUAGCCCGCCAAGAUGCCCUUCUGGAAGAACCAAACCGACACCGUCAUCAUCAACGAAGUCGAUGACGAACCCGAUUCAGUCACGGUUUCGAAGCCGACCAAGGAUUCGAAGCAGAAGAAGAGGAGUGGGAAGAAGAAGGAGAAGGAAAAGGGGAUGAGAGGAGGAGGCGAUAGCAUGGCCGAGUUGUCCGAAGAAGCAAGGGAAGGGAAGGAGGAGAAGGCAGGUUAUAAGAAAGAUGCCACCUGCAUGGAUCACGUUCUCUUCAACAAGAAACUGCGACUGGUAUACGUGUUGCUUUUGUGUCUGCUUCUCGGCAUCAUUAUUCCGUACAUCAUUAGCUCCACGGCUUUCAAGAGUGAGGUAACAAUUAGCUAUGGCACCUGCGCUCUCAACGUAUCGUAUAGGUUCGAGUGCGUCCCCGGGCGGCUGGUGAUCGGCGAGGACGAGUGCCACCAACUGGGAUGCUGCUACGACACGAACAAGCUGGACGACACGUCCGCGCCGGUGUGCUUCCACUCGAUCCCGCCGAGGUAUCGCUACGUGAUCGCCAACGAGACCGAGAGCAGCAAACGAAUCUACAGGCUGGGCGAGGAGAGGAAGCUCGAUCUGUAUCUCGACAACGUGAAUGAGUACACGCCCUUCGGAACCAGGGCCUGGCCCCUCCGCGUCCUCAUCCAGCGGAAGAAGAACGACAUCAUCCGCAUCAAGCUCUGGAACGAGGACUACAUCAAGGACACGAUGGACGACUUCCAGGAGGAGAGCUGCGUCGGCGACUGCGAGCUCGACGUGGAGGUCGACGCCACGGGCGGGAAGUUCAACAUAACCGUCCUGCGUCGCGGGACGAAGAAGCCCCUCAUGGAGACCAUCUUCGGGCCGCUGGUGUACGGCGAGGACUACAUGGAGAUCACGACGCGCCUCCCGACGGCGCACCUGUACGGCCUGGGCCAGCGCGAGCGGGAGACGUUCGAGCUGCUGCCCAACUUCAACUACCGGACGCGCUGGACGCUCUUCAACCGCGACGGCGACGCGGGCGCCACCUACGGCUCCCACCCCUUCUACAUGAACUUCGAGGAGGACGGCAAGAUGCACGGCGUCUACCUGAGGAACUCCGCCCCCGUCGAGGUGGGGGUCCUGCCCAUCCCGGCGGUGGUGUUCCGGUCGGUGGACGGCAUCUUCGACUUCAGGAUCCUCGCAGGACCCUCGCCGAAGGACGUGACCAAGCAGUACACCUCCUUGGUGGGCCUGCCCGAAAUGCCUCCCUUCUGGGCCCUCGGCUACCACCUCUGCAGGACGACCCUCAACGACACCGAGUACGAGAGCGUCGUCGACCGCAUGCUGUCCGACGAAGUGCCCUACGAGAGUGACUGCAUCGACGCCAGGCUGAACUACCCCGACCCCUUCGCCUCCUUCAGCGACAGGACGAAGGAAAGGGUCUCGAAGAUGAAAGAAGAUGGGCGUAGGUUCCUCUUCGUCCAAUAUCCUUAUGUCCCUGUCACGAGCGAUGCGUAUGGGGCUGUCAGCGGUGAGAAAUUGUUUCUGAAGCUCAACAACAGUCAACCUUACUACGGCCUAAUCGAAGACACAGUCGUCGGGUAUCCGGAUUACUGCAACGAGAACGCCUUUGCCAACUGGAUGAACAAAACUAACAUCCGGGGACUUUACGCGAACGCCGACGGGGUGAUGCUCCUCCAAAACACGCCACUCAACACCGCUAUUAUGAACUACUCUCUUUGGAUCGACACCAAUGGAGCCGCCUGCAACGCCACCCAACCCGAAGUCUGCUGUCCCUCUGGCCAACGAAAAUUCUUGCCCUUUGGUCUCGGUGAUUUUAACGAAGGUACGGUCUGCUCUGAUGCACGACACACCAGCAAGGACGUGCCGAGUCUCCAGUUGCAUAACGCGUACGGCCGCUGUCACCAUGAACGCGUGCACGAUUUGAUGAAGGACCUGAACCCCAACAAACGCUUCAUGGUGACCAGCCUCUCCACCCACCCCGGCAGCGGCUCUCUGGGCGGGCACUUCGGCGGGCAGUACCCAGCUGAUUUCGUGGCACAGCGCAAGAGUCUGACGCAAAUGCUGGAGAUGGGGCUCUAUGGAGUGCCAUUAGUAGGGGUGCCUGUCUGUGGCAGCACUAAUGGGUCCAGCGAAACCCCUUGUCUUCUUCCAACCCACAGGUACUUCAUUCGCCAAAGGUACAUGAUUCUCCCUUACCUCUACACUCUGUUCCACGAGGCAGCUCUGUCGGGCACCCCUGUCCUGCGCCCUCUGUUCUACGAGUUCCCCGAGGACUUAGAUUCACGCAACAACGCAUUCCAGUUUAUGCUCGGCGACGCUCUCUUGAUCACGCCCGUCUACAGUUCCCUCGCGGGUUCCACUAGCGUUCAAGUCAACGCCCGUUUUCCACCCGCGUCGUGGUAUGACUUCUACACAGGGAGUCUGGUAUCGAGCUCAUCCACAGGGGAAAACCUGGUACUUUCUACUCUCCUCACGGACGUCAAUGUGCAUGUCAAGGGAGGGACCAUCGUGCCAAUGCAGGGCAACCUUCAUGAAUUCAUCAGAACUACCGAGGACCUGCGCGAGAAGCCCUAUCACAUCCUGGUCGUCCUCACCACCAAUAUCACGACUACCGAACCUACGACCACCCCCGCUGCUACGACCGCCUCGGGAUCGUCGACGGAAAACCCUAAGGGCGUGGGUAGAGGACAGGACACUAUUCAUGCUACGGGUCGCUUGUACUUGGACGAUGGCGUGACUCCCUUGAGCCAGAAUCCAGCUGCCCACAACCUCAUGUUCACCGCCGAAGCUGGUCUUUUUAACCUCACUCGGACGGGCAACGGCUGCGAGAACAGUGCCAUGAGUCGGUACAGUUCGACGGUGGAUAUUAUCAGGAUCUUUGGGGCUCCGAAAGUGACUGAGGUGAAAGUGAACAACGCUAGACAUGAGCAUUUCACGCAAGAUUACGACACACUGGCAAUCCUCAUAACGAAGCUGGACUAUGACUGGUGUACAAAGCGCUCCCUCAUCGUUACAUGGGAGUAAAACACCUACGAGUUAGAUGAGAGUUACGACGGGUUUUGAACCUGUGGUUAGAUGUAAUAUUAGUGGUCGUGAUUUUUUAGAUGACUAUGCAUGAAUUUGGUUAUUUUCGUGUGGUAAGAAUGUGUUUAUCUGUUGUAUGAUUCUAGAAUAUGUAUAUUUCUUAUAUGUGCAUAUAUAUAUGUCUGUCAGUAUAUCUAUAUAUCUAAUAAUACAGGCACAAACACACACACACACACACACACACACACACACACACACACACACACACACACACACACACACACACACACACAUUGAGUAACGAUUAGGCCUAAAUAGUUAAAUAUAAAAUAUAUGAUACACAUAGACUUGAUCCUUAAAUCCUAAUUACCAAAAUGAUUUCCUAAAGUAGCAUAGUCAUUAUAUAAAGCUGGUGAAAAAUAUAUUCAUAUAGGAUGUGAUUCUGCUGUUUCUGAUUUUGAUAUGUAACCAUAUUGUGUCAGAGAAGGGCGGAUUUUUAGAUUAAAAACUCUGUCUAUCUGCCUUUCCACAUGUCAGCUUAUCUAUCGAUAUGUCUACCUCUCCCUCUCACUGUCUAUCUCUUUAUUUAUGUAUCGCUAUGUCUAUAUAAAUAGUAUACACACAUAAAGCAUUUCAUUCAAAACUUUCAGUUGUAUGUAUAUUCUGAUGCUGCUGUAAUAUGAAAGGUUUCUUCUCUCAAUAAAUACUUGGAAUUA